CGUUCUGUUCUGUUUGAAUCGCCGUUGGGUGUGGACGCGAGUGGCAGCGCUAUAAAUAGGUGUUCUUCCGAUACUCUCGUAUUUCUGGCUGAUGGGGAUGCCCUAACAACACACUGCGCGCUGAGAAUACGCCGCAAAAGUUCAAGUGACAAUUUCCCAGUCAAUAUCAACUUUCACGACAAAUUCAACGCAAAUUAAUUUCGAAUCGACUUUGGACUGAUCUUCGAUUCUUCAAUGCAUUUUAUUUACACUAAUAACAACGAUAACAAGUAAAGUUUUCUGUGCAAAAAGUUGUCGUGAAUACAAAACAAAAGCGAAAAAAUCUUCGAAUACAUUUCCCAGGCACCCCUCAUACCCAAGUGUAAACCAUUUAACAGAAUUCAUUCUCGUGGAAUAAAUAAAUUGCAAACAAUUAUGAAUUUUAAAUACCAGCCAAGCAUAAUCAAAUGAAAUGUCCGGCAAAAUGUGCAUGGCAAUUGCAGCUCAAAGCAAACAACUCGAACCAUAGACCAGAACCAGGGCCCAAGGGCUGUGGUGCAGUGCAGUGUGCAGAGUGUGGCAGAGUGUUGUGGCAGUGGCAAACAGAAUCAAAGAAAGCCGCAAGGCUCACCCACAAUAAUAUAUAAUUGGUAAUAGUAGCAGCAGCACACCAUCAGCAGUCGGAACCACACAUUCCAUUCCCACCCCCUCGAAGGACGCAUGUAAGAGUGAUCUGGUGUGCGCUGGUGGGCAGGGCAGGGCAGGGCAGGGCUGGACAGGGCAGGGCAGGCAAUGCCAAAAUGCCAUCGGCAGAUCAAAUCUUGUUCAUAAAUGUCACCACAACGGUGGCAGCGGCGGCUUUAACCGCGGCAGCCGCUGUCAACACAGCGCCGGAAGGAGCUGCAGGCGGAUCGACGAACGAAUCGGGAACGGCUGCCAGUGUUGCCACCGCCGCCAGCGGUAGCCAGGCGGACGCAGUGGGCGGACGCGGCGGCGCAUCAGCCACGGAAGCAGCAGCCAAUAUAUCCGGCUCGCUGGUGGAGGGACUGACCACAGUGGCCGCCGCACUGACAUCGACGACGGGCACCAGCGCGGGCGAGUCGGAGGAGUGUGGCGCCGGAGCUGUGGAAGAGCUGCACGCCAGCAUUCUCGGGCUGCAGCUGGCCGUGCCGGAGUGGGAGGCGCUACUGACGGCGCUCGUUCUGUCGAUAAUUAUCGUGCUAACCAUUAUAGGAAACAUCCUGGUGAUUCUGAGUGUGUUCACCUACAAGCCGCUGCGGAUUGUGCAGAACUUCUUCAUCGUUUCGCUGGCAGUGGCCGACCUGACGGUGGCCCUGCUGGUGCUGCCCUUCAACGUGGCCUACUCGAUCCUGGGCCGCUGGGAGUUCGGCAUACACCUGUGCAAGCUCUGGCUGACCUGCGACGUGCUCUGCUGCACCUCCUCCAUUCUCAAUCUGUGCGCCAUAGCCCUGGAUCGCUACUGGGCCAUCACCGAUCCCAUUAACUAUGCCCAGAAGCGGACAGUGGGCCGGGUGCUGCUGCUCAUCUCCGGCGUGUGGAUACUCUCGCUGGUGAUCAGCAGUCCGCCGCUGAUCGGCUGGAACGAUUGGCCCGAUGAGUUCACCAGCGCAACGCCCUGCGAGCUCACCUCGCAGCGGGGCUACGUCAUCUACUCCUCGCUGGGUUCGUUCUUCAUACCGCUGGCCAUCAUGACGAUUGUCUACAUCGAGAUCUUCGUGGCCACGCGGCGGCGUUUGCGAGAGCGGGCCAAGGCCGCCAAGCUGAACACGAUGGCUCUCAAGUCCACGGAGCUGGAGCCCAUCACCAACUCCUCGCCGGCUGCAGCAUCGUCCUCGAAGUCUCGCGCUCUGACCAAUUGGCUGUGCUGCGGCCGGGACCGGGCCAACUUCUCCACGCCCAUGAUCCAGAACGACCAGGAGAGCAUUAGCAGCGAGACCCAUGGGCAGCAGGAGGGCACAAAGACGGCCACCAACAACGAUCAGCAGCAGCAUGUGGUGGUGCUGGUGAAGAAGUCGCGUCGCUCAAAGAUCAAGGACUCCAUCAAGCACGGCAAGGCACGGAGUGGACGCAAGUCCCAGUCCUCGUCCACCUGCGAGCCCCAUGGCGAACAGCAGCUCCUGCCUGCUGGCGGGAGUGGGGGCAGCAAUGCAGCAGGUAAAUCCGAUGCAGAGAUCAGCACAGAGAGCGGCAGCGAUCCCAAAGGAUGCAUUCAGGUCUGUGUGACUCAGGCCGAGGAGCAGACCUCGCUCAAGCUGACGCCGCCACAAUCAUCGACUGGCGCCGGUGCAGUGUCCGCCACACCGCUGCAGAAGAAACCAAGCGGCGUGAAUCAGUUCAUCGAGGAGAAACAAAAGAUCUCAUUGUCGAAGGAGCGGCGGGCAGCCCGUACUCUGGGCAUCAUCAUGGGCGUGUUUGUCAUCUGCUGGCUGCCCUUCUUCCUCAUGUACGUCAUCCUGCCCUUCUGCCAGAGCUGCUGUCCCAGCGAUAAGUUCAAGAAUUUCAUCACCUGGCUGGGCUACAUCAACUCCGGCCUCAAUCCGGUCAUCUACACCAUCUUUAACCUGGACUAUAGGCGCGCCUUCAAGCGACUGCUGGGCAUGAAAUAAGGAAAGGUCGACCGGCACUAGAGGGCAGAGCAUUACUCAAAGUUUGUGCCAAACCAAAGGGAGUGAGGGAAAGAAAGAGCCGAAAGUUGGCGUGGCAAAGAGUACUCACCUUUCCUGAUCCUUCGAGACGCGAGUAAUACUGCCCCAAUGCAGAGGGAUAAAUGUACUCUGUUAGAUACUCAUGCGAAAGGGGUACGAAGCCUCUCCAGCAAAUCACACAUCAAAAUUAUGCAAUAAAAACGAAAUAAAAAACACACAUAAAUACUUACCAGUCCAUACAUAGUCCAUUGCAUGGCUGCAUACAUAAAUGCAUACAUAUAUCGUUCCACACAGGAUAACAAACAUGAUAUUGAAUUUAAUAAAAUUAAAUUAAAUGUUUAGGCACAGGAUUGGUGGCAGAAAACCCGUCGCGUUUCACUCUAUGCAUACUACAACAGCAAAAACAAAACCAAAAAAAAGGAAAAAGAAAAGUGUUAAAAUAAAAUUUGCGCUCAAAAUAAAUUAAUUACAAACGCGAAAGAAACAGAGAAAAAAUGAAAAUGAAAAUGAAAACUUCCAAGAAACGAAAUGUGUGUGUUUUCUAGGCAUUACUUUAACAAUUUGUAAUUAAUUGUAAUUGUAGGUAAAUGUAAACCAAAAACUAAACUAUGGUACUUAAUGUAUACUUUGAAUACGCUUUAAACUAUUUGUUAGAUAAUUUAACUAUUAAUUGUUUUUAUGACAGACAGCAACAAUUGCGUUUCGAUGGGCAGCUAAAAGCAGCCACAUUCGAGAAUUAUAAAUAUUUAAAUAUUAUUAUUAAAUAGAUAAAUGUUUCAUUGCACUUGGCAGAGCGCAACGGAGUUGGCGAGACUUCGAGAUCUAUAAGUCGAUGUAUAAACUAACACUAAAACUAAAGUACUAUACAUACAUACAUGCUACAUACAUUUAUCGUAUAUGUAUACCACAAUUUAUGACUUUUAACGACAAUGUACGAUAAUUUCACUAAUUAAAUUGUUUAACGAGCAACAAGCAAACUAAGCAUAAACAAAAACCAAAAAGCAACA